AUGCCUCACGCAGAGUCUCCAACCGCCGCGCCCCCUCCCACAAUUGCCGGCGUGAAACUUCACGUCAACGACGACCUCCUUUCCCCCACCGAAGUAGAGCCCCUCAUCCCCUCCUACCCGACAGAAGACCUCGAGGUCCUCCGCCAACGCUACCGCGAGAACGGAUACCUGCUCCUCAAAGGCAUCCUCCCCCGCGAGGACGUCCUGUCCGCCCGAGAAUCAUACUUCAAGUCCCUCGAGCCGUCAGGCGUCAUCAAACCGGGCACAACCCCGCGCGACGGAAUCUUCGACGACGCAAAGUCGCCCGCGGAUUACCCCGGCAUCGGCGCCGGAAGUAUCAAGAACGCCCGGCCCGGCGAGACGGACAAGUCCGCUCUCUUCGCCGACCAAGCCCUGAAGGCGCACACGGAGGAAUGGUACGCGGGGUCGGAGGACGGGAAGGUCCCGGGCUUCUGCAACCACCCAGUGCUCCGCGAUUUCGUGGCCAAGUUCACGGGCUGGGGCGACAGCACGCUGACGGUGAAGCGCACCCUUCUCAGGAACAACACGCCCGGGAACAAGGCGAUCGGGGUGCACUAUGAUCAGUCGUUCAUGCGCUACGGCGAGCCGACGUCCGUUACGGCGUGGGUUCCGAUGGGCGACGUUAGGCUCGAGGGCGGGGGUCUGAUUUACAUGCAAGACGGGGAGAAGCUGGGGGAGGAGAUUGAGAAUGAGUUCAUGGCGCAGGCGAAGGCCAAGGGCAUGAAUGACGAGGAGACGAGGAACGCGUUCAACGCGAACAUGAUGAGCACGGGGUUUCUUUGCGAAGGGCCUGCGGACUUUGGGAGGAGGUAUGGCAAGAAGUGGCUUGUCAGCGCGUAUGAGGCGGGUGAUGUCGUCUUUCACACGGCGCAUAUGAUUCAUGCUUCGACCAAGAACUACGACCCUGAGGGUCGCAUCAGGCUUGGCACUGAUUUGAGGUUCGUUGACAGCAGCCGGCCGUGGGAUACGCGCUGGAACAAACACUACACCUUCAAUGAUGGUUUGUAA